AUGUCCAAAAGAGUUAAAGAUAUACCUGUGGGUAACAGUGAAAAGAAGAAAAGGAAGCAUCUGUCUUUAUCAAUAGCUCAGAAAGUGGAGGUACUGCGGAAACUUGAUGGUGGUGUGUCUGUUAAGUGUCUUACUGAAGAAUGUGGUGUAGGAACCACCACCAUAUAUGACUUAAAGAAACAGAAAGACAAGUUGUUGAAAUUUUACAGUGACAGUGAUAACCAAGAACUAAUGAAAAAUAGGAAAACAUUGCAUAGGGCCAAAAAUGAAGAUCUUGACUGUGUAUUGAUUGAAUGGAUUCGGCAACAAAGAAGUAAAGACAUGCCACUGACUGGAUUGUUAGUCAUGAAACAAGCUAGAAUAUACCAUGAAGAACUGAAUAUUGAAGGCAAGUGUGAAUAUUCAGAAGGCUGGCUACAGAAAUUUAAAACACCGUCAUGGUAUCAAGUAUCUUAA